AUGGGCCCGCCGGACAAAAAACGCCAACGCGAGAUCGACGAUGUCGUCGCCGCAGCGGCAGCAGCAGACAAAGCCGCCGGCGUGACCACACACCGCCAGCAGCAACAACAACCCAGCGACCCCCCAACAAAAAAAGCCCGCGUCGAAUCCCACCGCCAACUCUUCGUCCGGUCGCUCCCGCCCAGCGCCACCAGCGAGUCCCUCACCGAGUUCUUCUCGCAGCACUACCCCGUCAAAUACGCAACCGUCGUCUUCGACCCCAAAUCCAAGACCUCGCGCGGAUACGGCUUCGUGUCCUUCGCUGACCCUGAUGAUGCGGCCGAGGCGAAAGACAAGCUCAAGAAUGAACUGUUCAGCGGCCGGCGACUGAAACUCGAUAUCGCCCAGCCGCGCCACCGUGAUCUGGCCAAGGCCGGGUCGAAUGUCGGGGCCAAGACGAUUGAGGCGAAGCGCCAGCGGGAGGCUGACGCCGAAGAGGCCCGGCGCGCGCCGAAGCUGAUUAUCCGCAACUUGCCGUGGAGUAUCAAGACGUCGGAUCAGCUGGCUAAGCUGUUUCAGAGUUUUGGGAAGGUCAAGUUUGCGGAUUUGCCCAAUGCCAAGGGGAAGUUGUCUGGGUUUGGGUUUGUUACGCUACGCGGAAGGAAGAAUGCAGAGAAGGCGAUGGAGGCGAUUAAUGGGAUGGAGGUGGACGGGCGGACGGUGGCGGUGGAUUGGGCGGUGGAUAAGCAGACGUGGGAGCAGCAGAAGGGGGAUGAAGAGGGGGAGCAGAAGAAGAGUGCCAAGGUGAAGAAGGAGAAGAAGGGGAAGAAGGCGGAGGAGGAGGAGGAUGAAGAAGAUGAUCCGAAUAUGACACAGGAGGAUCGCGAUCUUGUUAAUUUCUUCAAGAACUACGGUGAUAACUUGGAGGAGGAAGAGGAGGAAGAUGAGGAUGGGAAAGACGAGGAUGGAAGCGAGGAAGGGAGCGAGGAAGGGAGCGAUGAGGAUGAUGAUGAAGAGGGAGACGACGACGAUGACUUGGAAGGGCUAGACGAAUCAGAAGAGGAGAAACCGAAGAAGCCGCUGACGGACAACUCGGCCACUCUUUUCAUACGCAACCUACCGUAUUCAACAACCGACGAGACGCUCAAAACUCACUUUACAAAAUUCGGCCCGGUACGAUACGCCCGAGUCGUCAUGGACCGCGCGACAGACCGGCCCGCGGGUACCGGCUUUGUCUGCUUCUUCAACGUCGACGACUUCCAGACCUGCCUCAGGGGCGCCCCGCGCCACCAACCCGUCGCCGCGCUCGCCAAACACUCCGUGUUGCAGGACGAGACGGCCGAUCCCGAAGGGAAAUACACCCUCGACGGCCGCAUCCUACAAGUCGCCCAGGCGGUGUCCAAAGACGAAGCAACCCGCCUACAAGACGAGGGCACAAAGCGCAAAGACAAAGACAAGCGCCGACUCUUCCUCCUCUCCGAAGGCGCCAUCUCGUCCAAAUCCCCACUCUUCAGCAAACUCACCCCCGCCGAAGUCAAGAUGCGCGAAACCAGCGCCAAACAGCGACGCAAGAUGAUCGAGUCCAACCCCAGCCUACACCUGAGUCUAACCCGCCUCGCCAUCCGCAACCUCCCCGCCAACCUCAACUCCAAGGACCUCAAAGCCCUCGCCCGCGAGGCCGUUGUCGGCUUCGCGAAGGACGUCAAAGAAGGCCGGCGACAGCCCAUCUCGCGCGAGGAAAACGCCCGCGGCGGCGAGCAAGACCGCGAGGCCGAGCACAGGCGCAAGACCCGCGGCAAGGGUGUGGUGCGGCAAGCCAAGAUCGUGUUUGAGACGACGCAGGGCAGUAAAGUAGACGAGAAGACAGGCGGCGGACGGUCGCGCGGAUACGGGUUCAUCGAGUACUCGUCGCAUCGCUGGGCGUUGAUGGGGCUGCGGUACCUCAACGGACACGCGAUGACCAACGAGGCGGGCAAGAACCAGCGGCUGAUUGUGGAGUUUGCGAUUGAGAAUGCGAAUGUUGUGCAGCGUCGGCGGCAGCAGGAGGAGAGGAGCCGGUUGCCGAGGGAGGAGAGGGAGGCUGGUGGUGGCCGGCCGGAGAAGAGGGAUGGGAAGGGCUGGGAGAAGGGGGGUCAGGGUAAGGGGAAGCCAUGGGGGAGGGAUAGUGGUAACAGGGACAGUGGUAGGGACAACAAGAGCGGUAGUGCCGGCAAGGACGGCAAGGCUGAUGGCAAAGCGCCACCACCGCCGGCGACCAAGGAGGGCCGCAAGAAGGCGGAUGAGAAACUGGCGAUGCGCACCAAGAUCAUUGUGCGCAAGCGCAUGAUGCGGAAGAAAAAGGCUACGAUGCGGGCGGGCAAGUGA